UGGCUUCGCGAAUUGGUUUUAGUUUUGCAGACAGAACCUAAAAAACUUCGAACUUUGGUCUACGGUACAAUCAAAUCUACAGAAACAAGUUCCGACUCGCGCGACUCGAGAAGACUUGGCUCGUUUAAAAGUUCAAGCUUCGCAAAGCUUGGAUUGAGAGUCAUGGAAGCGAAGAAAGUGACAGAAGAGGAAGAAGAGACAUGGAAGAGAGAGAUUGUAACAAGCGUGAUGAGAUUAGUGAGCACGAGAUUGCCACAGACAGAUCUAAUUUCUCUACUUCUUGUUAGCCCUUGGCUUUAUCGCACCCUCGUCUCUUACCCUUCUAUUUGGCUGAACAUUGAUUUGCGCGAGAUGACCAAUGCAGGGGAUCGGCUUUUAGCUGCUCUGUCCUUGCCAAGAUAUCGACAAGUGAAGCAUAUCAAUCUUGAAUUUGCUCAAGGUGUUGUGGACAGUCAUCUUAAACUUGUUAAAGCCCGGUGCCCGGAUGCUCUCUUAAGUUUAGAAUGCUUGAAUCUUAAUGGGUGCCAAAAGAUUUCGGACAGUGGAAUCGAAGAUAUAACUAGCAUAUGUCCCAAGUUGAAAGUUUUCUCUAUCUACUGGAAUGUGAGGGUGACCGAUGCUGGCAUUAGACAUCUAGUGAAAAAUUGCAGACAUAUCAUUGAUUUGAACCUAAGUGGCUGCAAGAGCCUAACGGACAAAAGUAUGGGGCUAGUAGCUGAAAGUUAUCAAGAAUUAGAGUCACUGAAUAUCACCAGGUGUGUUAAGAUUACAGAUGAUGGUUUACUUAAAGUGCUACAGAAAUGUUCUUCUCUCCAGACCUUAAACCUCUAUGCUCUUUCAGGCUUCACAGACAAAGCCUACAAGAAAAUAUCACUUCUAGCUGAUUUAAGGUUCUUGGAUCUAUGUGGCGCUCAGAAUAUAUCUGACGAGGGGCUUGGAAAUAUAGCUAAAUGCAACAAACUAGAGUCUCUCAACUUGACAUGGUGUGUGCGUAUCACAGAUGCAGGCGUGAUUACCAUGGCUAAUAGUUGUACCUCCCUCGAAUUUCUCAGCUUGUUUGGAAUAGUAGGAGUGACUGAUAGAUGUCUAGAGAUUCUCUCGCAGACAUGCUCUACUACACUCACCACUCUUGAUGUUAAUGGCUGCAUCGGCAUCAAGAGACGAAGCCGUGAAGAGUUGCUUAAGAUGUUCCCUCGUCUGACAUGCUUCAAAGUACACAGCUAAUUUUCUCAUUAUCUGCUCUCAACAAGUGUCUAUCCUCUUUUUUAUGAUUCACAAAUCACAAUCUAUUAGGAACAGAGGAGAGUACUCUUAUUAUCUUAAUCAGAUGCUGUUAACUGUGACUAAUAUGCUUUACUAACAAGCCCAGUAUAUACGUUACGAUAAAUCCAAUUAUCCAAACAGUAAACAGUUGAAAA